AGAAGACCUUCCUCUCUCCAGUCAGUUGUGUGAUUUUAGUCUUGCGGACUUGUUUGGCAACAGACGCUGGCUGUCAUCUGGACUCCUACAUUAAACUGUUUGUUCUGUUGGAUGGAGCUGAACCUCAGAACCUGAACUGUCCUGCAUUUGGUGGCGUUCCCGGGACUCCCGGACACAACGGUUUGCCUGGUAGAGAUGGGAGAGAUGGAAGAGAUGGAGCAACUGGACCCAAAGGAGAGAUGGGAGAGCCAGGAGUGAGCGUGCAGGGACCGCCAGGUAAAGCAGGACCGUCUGGGCCAGCUGGAGCCAAGGGCGAAAGGGGACUCCCAGGUCAACCAGGGUCUCCUGGAUGUGAAAGUGUUCUUGAGACCUUGAAAUCUGAGAUCCAACAUCUUAACGCCAAGAUGGCCAUGAUCGAGAAAGUUGCAAGUGUCAGCCACUUCAGAAAAGUUGGACAGAAAUACUACAUCACUGAUGGCAUUGAGGGAACCUUUGAUGAAGCCAUAAAAGUCUGCAAGGAAGUUGGAACAAUGGUUUUGCCAAAAACUGCUGCUGAAAACCAAGCGUUAUUGAAAUUAGUAUUAUCCAGUGGUUUAAGCGUUAAGAAGCCAUAUAUAGGCGUCACAGACAGAGUAACAGAGAGACGAUUUGUGGACACUGAGGGAAAGCAAUUGACUUUUACCAACUGGGGUUCUGGUCAGCCUGAUGAUUAUAAGGGAGCACAAGACUGUGGUGUUAUAGAGAACUCCGGCCUUUGGGAUGAUGGCAGUUGUAAUGAUGUACGCCCUAUUAUAUGUGAAAUUGACAACAAAUAGAAUGUAUACAAAUGAAGAAUAAAAUUCCAUAUUCCAGUAUUCUGUUAACAAAAUAUGUGAUAUUAUGUAAUGUUUAUAAAAUCCACAGCUUAAAUUUGAUUGUGAAGCAUUUCCUUCCAUAUGUUUCUAUACAUUAUAUGUAAUAUACACAAACAAAUAAUAAAUUCGCUAAAUUUUAUCCAAACAACAUGUUCAUGAUUGAAAUAUACAGAUAUAAAG